AUGGCGAGUCCCACAGUUCCACGACACUGCCUUCAAGCGGCGUCAAGCCGGAUCAAGUCCGCAGUCCGGAUCGUAGCCUUAGCAUCCGAAAUUGAGCAGAAAGGGAGAGGCAGGUUGUUUGGGAAAGGAGGCCGGAGUUUCGUCUCUUCGGAGCCUGAACAGACCCCCGGCGCUAGGGAAGGCUUCCCCUCGGAUGGCCCCCUCUACACGGGUUUCCUAGAGAAGCCCUUCAGACGAUCCCGACACGCGUGUCGCUCUUCCCUCUCUGGAACCGCCUUGGCUUCGGAGCAAAGGGGUGGCUUUGGUCUGGUUUGGUUCGGUUCCGAUGGCGGGGUGGGUUCGGGGGCCUGGACGGGAGGGAGUUCAGGGGCGGAGAGCCGAGCUCGUCCGGCAGCAGCGCUCCUGGCCGUGGAAGGGCGAUGGAAGCCCUUUCCCCCUCUCUCGCCCCGGGCUCCGAUCCGCCGGACAGGGCUCUCCCCGGAGCCUCCAGAUGGGUCCCAGGCCCUUCUGACUUUCAACCCACCCGGCCUUUCCUUUUUCUGGGUGGGCUCGGUGCUGCCGGCGGAGGCGCUGGUGCUGAAGGGGGCCCUGAAGGCGCCGGCGGGCUCUCUGGCCGAAGUCAUCACCUCCGACAUCCUCCACAGCUUCCUCUACGGCCGAUGGAGGAUCCUUGGGGAGCAGCUCUUCGAGGAGAGGCGCCCGGCGCCAGAGCAGGAGCUGCAGGAACCGGGCCUCGACGGGCGGACAGAGCUGGCAGCCCCGCUGCCGCCGCCGCCGCCGCUGCCCCUGGGCAACCCUAAGACCGCCUUCACCGCCGAGGUCCUCGCCCAGUCCUUCUCCGGAGGGUAACGGGGCCAAAAGGAGGUCCAGAAGCUCUCCCGCCUAGUGCUGCCGUCGGAGGUCAUCAUCGCCCAGAGCUCCAUCCCCGGCGAGGUGGGCAUCUUCUCCAAAACCUGGAUCAAAGCUGGCACUGAGAUGGGACCCUUCACCGGACGCAUCAUCUCCCCCGAACAUGUCGACCUCUGCAAAAACAACAACCUCAUGUGGGAGGUCUUCAAUGAGGAUGGGACUGUCCGCUACUUCAUCGAUGCCAGCCAGGAGGACCACCGGAGCUGGAUGACCUACAUCAAGUGUGCCAGGAACGAACAGGAGCAGAACCUGGAGGUGGUUCAGAUUGGCAACAGCAUCUUCUACAAGGCCAUUGAGAUGAUCCCACCAGAUCAAGAGCUGCUGGUUUGGUAUGGGAACUCCCAUAACACUUUCCUGGGCAUCCCCGGUGUGUUGGGUCUUGAAGAGGAGCAGAAGAAGAACAAGCAUGAGGAUUUCCAUGUGGCCGAGGCAGGCGCUAGUUCCACUGGCCGCAUGCGCUGCGUCAUCUGCCACCGGGGCUUCAACUCCCGCAGCAACCUGCGCUCCCACAUGCGGAUCCACACCCUGGACAAGCCCUUUGUCUGCCGCUUCUGCAACCGCCGCUUCAGCCAGUCCUCAACCCUCCGCAACCACGUCCGCCUCCACACCGGCGAGCGGCCCUACAAGUGCCAGGUCUGCCAAAGUGCCUAUUCCCAGCUGGCUGGCCUCCGGGCGCAUCAGAAGAGUGCCCGGCAUCGGCCCCCCAAUGGCUCCCUGCAGGCACACUCGCCUGCCCUGCCCGUGCCGCAUCCCACCUCUCUGGCCCAUCACAUCCCCACUAUGGUGCUGUGAAAACACAAGUGGCCGCCGGGGCAAUGGAAGCUGCCUGUGCUGAGAACGGUUGGCAUAAGCUUUGGGCAUGAGAUUCCUGGGGGCAUUUGGCUGCCAUUGAAAGCAGAACACUGGGCUAGAUGAACCUUUGGUCCAACCCGUCAGGACUGUAUUUAUGGGAUGGAAAGAGAAGCAGCAUAGGAGCUGUUUUGGUUUAGGCUGAGAAGUGAGUUGUUCAACUGUGGCUUCACUUU